GAUAACCCCGCGGCAUGUUGCUUCUCCCAUUUUUCCACUCGCGUUAUCAGUAACAAAAGAGGAUUUUUUUCUAUGUAGCCAGUUGUCCAGAGGACGCCGAGAGAGAUGCUCCAUUUUAUCGACCUGCCCAACGAGGAAAGAGCGAGGAUCGUGGAUGACCACGACUAUUUCGUUUUCGAUAUAGAUGGUGUGAUUUUCAAUGGACCCGUGUUGGUCCCUCAUGCCGAGGAUGUUAUGAAAAAACUGCACGCUUCAGGGAAAAUAAUAAAAUUAUUCACCAAUAAUUGCGCCGCUUCCAGAAAGGAAAUUCACAGGGUCUUAAGUAGAUCGUUUCCAUUUCUAAAAAAGGAGGAUAUAAUAUCAUCAAGUUUAUUGGCGGCGAAAUAUUUUAAGGAAACUCUGGGAAAUAAGAAAUUGUUUGUUCCGGGAGGCAAAGGGAUCUUAGAGGAGUUGGACGGCAUGAACAUAGACUACAUAACCUCUCAGAAUAAGAAAAUUACUGGUAUGACGGAUUUGGUAGAGAUGAAAUUGAAUAAGGACGUCGGCGCAGUUCUUCUCGCCUACGAUAUAGAUUUCAAUUUCACCAAACUAUUUGAAUUAGUGAACUACGUCCAAGACCCGCAAAUCUCCUACGUCCAGACGCACAUAGAUAAAUUUGUGAGAUUAAAGUGCGAUAUGGCCCUCCUUCCAGGGGUCGGGGCGACGGCUGCUGCGGUGGAGGCCGUGACCGGCAGAAUUCCAACUAACAUCGGCAAGCCUAGCGAAUUCGCGCGGGCCUACCUUCUCUCUCAGAUACCCCUGGGGGGAAAAGCCGUCUUCGUCGGAGAUACGUUAGAAGUUGAUAUUGUUAUGGGUAACCAGUGUGGCAUGACGACCAUUCUUGUGUUGACGGGUGUUUCCAGCCUGGAAGAUGCGAAGAAAGCUGAAGAAGAAAACAAUUCAUUACUUGUCCCUAAUUAUUACGCCGAUUCUAUUGCAGAUUUGAUGAAAUAAUAAUAAGAAAACUUUUAAUUUUUUUAUGUUUGUUGUAAAUGAUAAUACAAGUUCGCGAAAGUUUAACUUAUCACAUGACAUUCCAAUAAUCGAAUUGCACAUUAUGAGAAAAAUGACAAAAAGACAAUUUGUGUAAACUUCUUUGACGCCAACAGAUACAGUUUCGUUGAUCAUUCAAAAAUAAAUUAUUCUAAAAGGGACUGUAUGGUAUAACACAUUGUAAUUUUAAUCACGUUGAUUUUUAUUUGUUUUAAUUUAGAAUGCAAAUAUAUUGUGUUAUUCAUUAUUUCUACUGACAUAAAACUCUUUACUAAAAUGUAAGCGAAAUAAUGUUAAUUACAAAUGCUAAUGUUUA